GUUGGCAAUACGCGCUAUUCACUUGUCAUAUUUGUUUUUAAUUUUCACGAGCAUGACGUUUUGUAACCCUCUAAUUUACAGAGUUUAGGUUUAUUUUUGUUGGUUGUCUCUGUGUCUUCAUACUACGUUUAUUUAGUGAAUUUUAUGUACAAUCUGAUAAUUUAAUGGAAACAAGAGAAAAAUCAUUGGAAAGUGAAGGUGGUGUUUGCAGUGGAGACAGUGAUGUAACUACUGUCAAAAAUGUGAAUCCAGGCCCUAUGGGAAUAGAUAUGGCAGAGGUUUUGACGGAUGCAGGCAUUUACUCCUAUGCAGCGAUAUGUGCCUUAUCGUUACACGAACUUUUUGACAAUUGGUGGGAUCAGGCGUUUAAUCAUAAAUGCAUGAAAACCAUACUGGAACACUUGAAACUUCCCAAACAGGUAGAAUCUGUGAUGAUAUUAAUGAUUGAGGGGAAAUGCAGUCAAAAAGCAGAUGCAUAUGUGGACCUGCUUCUUAAUGAAGAACGAUUACAUGGAAAUGCCCUGCCAGUUGUUCAAGAUCUUAUCGUGCUUGCAGUUAGGGGAGGGGAAUAUGAUGCAAGGAUGCGUGUUCUUAUUCGUCAUGUUGCUGCUGAGCUUAUGGUUCCCCAACAGAUUGUUGAUGAGUGUGAGGAAGCUGUUGUCGAGUGCUUUACUGAAGAGUUCAGAGGAAUGUCUGAGGAACAGGUGGAAGAAGCGAAACAACGACAUCAGAGUAAGAAAUAUAAACGUUACAUGAUGAUAGGCUUGGCAACAAUUGGUGGUGGUACACUACUUGGAUUGAGUGGAGGUCUGGCAGCACCACUUAUUGGAGCAGGCGUUGGAACAAUUCUUGGGGGUGCAAGUGCGGCAGCCAUUGGGUCAGCAGCAGGGGCAGCUGUCAUUGGGUCUCUUUUUGGACUAGCAGGAGCAGGACUUACAGGUUUCAAGAUGAAAAAACGGGUAGGUGAAAUAGAAGAAUUUGCGUUUGGUGUCUUACCUCCAACAAGUGAAUCUGAAACACAGGUCAGACAACUUCAUAUUACCAUAGCGAUAUCUGGAUGGCUGACAGACUUAGAAUCUGACAACUUCACUCGGCCAUGGCAAUCCUUGUUUUGCUCUCGAGAGCAAUAUUAUCUGAGAUACGAAUCGUCAUACCUGCUGGAGCUGGGUCAGGCCUUAGAUUACAUCCUCAGUUUUGCUGUUUCAAUGGCAGCACAAGAAGCUCUCAAAUACACAGUACUCUCUGGUAUUAUAACAGCAAUUACAUGGCCAGCAUCAUUAGUGACUUUGGCAUCAGUUAUUGACAAUCCAUGGGGGGUGUGUUGCCGGCGCUCUGCUGAAGUGGGCAAACAACUGGCCGAAGUGCUGCUAUCACAUGAACAAGGCCAGAGGCCUGUUACACUAAUUGGAUACAGUCUGGGAGCCAGAGUUAUAUAUUAUUGUCUUCGGGAAAUGUCUGGAAGAAAAGGAUGUGAAGGAAUUGUGCAGGAUGCCAUAAUGCUUGGAACACCAGCAACAGACAAUCCAAAAGAAUGGAAGAAACUGUCAAGAGUAGUUUCAGGGAAAAUUAUAAAUGGGUACUGCAAGACAGACUGGCUGCUGAAGUUUUUGUAUAGAACUUUUGCGGUUUUUAACAGUGUUGCGGGGCUGAAGCCUAUUGAAUGUGAUGAUAGAAGAAUACAAAAUUUUGAUUUAACAGAUAUUGUUGGAGGGCACAGAGACUAUCCAGACAAACUUGAUGCAAUUCUGAAAGCCAUAGGCAUUCGUACAAAGGAAGUGGAUCCAGACACAGUCUCUGCAUUAAAGAAAUCUUCAUCUGAAAUUGCAUACAGCCCUCCGACAAAGGUAUCACUAUCAAGCCUGAGAUCCUCAAAGUCUGAAAAUGCACUCCAAAUCGAAAAUCCAGAGGAUGUUUCUUCUGUGUUGGGAAAUGCAGCUGCCAAGUGUUCAUUCUGUUCAGAAGCAACUGAGGAUUAUGUAGAAGAUACUGAAGAUAAUCAGGGGAUGCCAGUAAAUGAAUCAUCACAGGUGGAGAGUAUGUCACAUUCUGCUCCAACUACAGCUGCUGCCCAGUGUGAACUUCCAACUGAACAACAUGUAGGUGAAUUAUCUAAGGAAUUCCCAGAGCCUGCAUCAGGCAACAAGGAAUUCCCAGAGCCUACAUCAGGCAACAAAUGUGAGGCUGGGAAGAAAACAGAAGGAGAACACAGUCAUGCUGCUACACAGUAAAAAAUAAUUAUUAAUGGAAAAUAAACAGGCUGGAUUUGGAUGUGAUAAUUAAAAUGCAACCUGCUUACAUUGAGGAAAUGUCACAUAGCAGCGUAAUACUGCAGGCACAAGAAACACAGAGAAUACAGUGCAUUUAAUUUUUAAUAAGUUAUAUUACCUCAAUUUUGAGUGCAUAAAUUUCUUGGCCAUAAAUAAUGUAUUAAGUGUAUAUAAUAAUAUUGUUGAAACAGUUAACAGAUAAUAGGAUGUAUAAUUUACAAAAGGUUUGCUGUGCAUGAGAAUUGAGACAAUAUUGUCUUCUUUUCUUCUUCCCACUUGUCAGUAUUCAUUAUUUAUUUCUGUGAAUCAGUUCUGUUCAUAUGGUGUUCGUAUGGUACUUUUAGUUAAUAUGUUAAUUAUUUCAGAUUUUUAAAAAUGACACUGUACUUUAAUUUACACAAAUUUGUUAUGAAUUAUUCAUUUAUAUGCAUAUUCAUACAUUUAAGACAGGGGAAACAUUCCUAACAUACUGUAGCUUGUAUUACUUUUAAUCAAAGUAUUCAAUAACAGAAAUUCCUAAGUAUUUCAAGUGGAAUGCUGUGAAUGUCUGUCUACAUUCCAAAUUCAAAUGAAAGUGCAGACAAAAGUGUAGAAAAGCCAGAUCAGUAACAUAUUUUGAAACUUAGGGCUUUGGUAAUGCUAUGAAAAUACCAGAAGAAUUUGCAGUUCAUUGUAAUUGUUUUAAAUCAGUAUACAAAAUUUAAAAAAAAAUCUAAAGCCUUGCAUUUGCUAAGUUAUAUCUGUAAAAGGGGGGGGGGGGGGGGGGGAUGUUGCCGUUGUUACAUCUGCUGCUUUCCAUUUGAUUCCUUCAUGUGCCAUCUCCUAAUUUUGAUGUAUUAUGGCACUUCACUUUUUCAUAAUCAUCUUGAAUCUUUUCACUUAAAUCAUUUUCAUAUUUUUCCAUUCCACCAUUCCCACUAGUGUAAGAUGGCAUAGCAGAGACAUUUCUAAACAUGUCUCCUUUUCUACUUUGUCUGCAGUCUGCAUGACUCUUUCUUUAUAGGACCUUUUUAUUUCCGUCUUUCUCUGAAUAAACAUGUUUUGUUCAGUUACAUUAUAAAUUCUAGUGGCAAGAUCUGUCCUCCAGUCUUCAUGACAACAUUAAAUUCAAAUCUGCAUUCAGCCAGCCGUUCAGUGGUUGUUUAAUUCUUACAACACAUUAGCUUUUGUAGCAAUUUGAGUAUUCAUUAAUGCUCAGUAGAUUGCCAAAAUUAAUGCAGAUUUUAUAGCAAAAAGUUCCUCAUACAGCAUGUUAUAAUUUUUGCAACAUGUUCAUGUAAAUGUAAUUGCCAUAGAGAGUUCAAAAGCUGUAUCAUUUCUGGGGUACUUUUCUCAUUUUCGAUUUCUUGCAUGAAAUUUCAUUUGUAACACAUGUACUGAUUCAUUAGGAUGCAGAAAUGGAAGCUAAUUGAAGUACUGAAGACCACAAUCCUGGUUGUGUGUAUUGUUGAAUGUUUGUAAUCCAGAUGUGAGCAUGUAUACAUUAUUAUGUUAUAUUUAAAAAAAAAUCGGAACUCACAAGAGUGUUGAACAAUGCUGUCCACUGUUACAAAAGAAAGGUAUUUUGUUAUAUCAAAUAGCACUACUAUUUUCUCAAUCUCUCAAAUUUUUACAUGUAGAGAAUGUAAAGAAAAAUUAUUUUUACACUACUGGAUGUUUAUUAAUAUUAAACAAUGUUUCAUAGUUAUAAUCCUGUGUAUAGUUUACAGAGAAUACUUACUUUAUUCCACAUUUUCUGAGAGAAACAGUUGAUGUUUUGUAAAAUUAGUUGCUUAUUUUGUCUCAUGACGAAAAUUUUGUGACUCCUUUACAUUUUUGUUUUGUUACUGCAUAGUUACAAUAUUUCAUAUUUAUUUGUGUUUCAUAUUUUCAAAAUGACUGUAUUAUUAAAUAUUCUAAAUUUUUAGCUAACUUGCCCAUGACAUAGUUAACUACAAACUUUAUCCGUUUGAGGAGAUGCAUCAUUUCUUCUUCUGGACCAAUAUAAUUGCCUAAUGUGUAAGACACAUUUACACUUUUCUAUCUAAAACUUUAUAGUUUGGAAAAGUUUAUAUGGAAACAUUAACAUGGCAAUACAACAUAUGUAAUUUGAUCUCACAACAACAGUGUACCAGUGGUAACAUUUAUAAGGUUUAUAAGAACUCGCAAAGUUUAAUUUUUUUUUAUGUACCGGUACUCUCUCUAAUUCCAUAGCAGAUACAACUUAAAAUUAUUGUGCAAGAACAUUCAGAAUGAAAAUUAAUGGUAAUUUUUGAUAAAUCAGAUCAAUACAGUUGCCUCAGAGCAUGAACUCCUAAAGCAUAAUUAUAAGAAUCAUUUUACAGGAACAGACAUAAUGUAAGGAACUUGACACAUUACAUGACAGACAGUAAGUUUCUCCACACAUACCAAAGACAGUGAAUAUUUGGACUUGUUAUACCAUAUAAUAAACAUGGUAUUCCAUACACCAUUAUCAAUUUUUAUAAUAUUAUCUUUUUCUGCCAAUGUUGUCUGUACAGUAAUAAUGAAAUGGAGUACCUUGAGCUUGUAGUUUCCUUCUCUCUGUUCUAUGCUUGCAUUUUCAGCUGCACAGUAUUUGAUGCCAUUAGCCAUACCUCUAUAGGGUGCAAAAUCAGCUGGGAUAAUUUCUUCUUCAUCUAACAAAAUAAUUGAAUUUAUAGCAAUAUCAGGAUUCCAUUUCUGUUAAAUUACCAAGUAUUUGUGAUGCUGAAGAAAUUAAUAGUGUUUAUUUAUCUGCCCAUAAGUCCUUAUAUAGGCCCUUUUUCGUGAAAGGUUUCAAAACUAAAAUCUUCCCUGGGUUGUGUUUUGAGUUUAUAGAAAACUGUCUUCUCUAAGGAUGACUGUUAAAAUCAAAUUUUACUUUCAAUAUUUUUAUCAAUAGGCAUUCUUUAAUUACUGGUUUUUAUAGCUGGCAGAUAUUGCAUAAUUAUUUAAGAUCCAAAUGUGUGCUCUUCCCACAAUAUUUUUAAAAAUGUGGGAUCAAAAUUAAAAUAUUGUAAAGUUUAAAAAUGUUAUAUUGUUGAAUAACUUGACAUAGCCUUUGUGAUGUGUUAACAAUACAGAGAUCAUCUUAGCUAACACUUAUAGCCAAGAUGGAAAACUUAGAAAAUCAUAAUGUGCAUCCCUUCAUAUGCAUAGAUCUACUAUCUGCAUAUUUGUGAAAUAAGUGACCUCCUGCUCAUACCAAAAGAAGGAAGUCUCUGACUUUUUCCUAGGGAUUUGGGCAGAAACAUGGAAAAGUUAGUGAUCUGCUCUAUAUAUCUAAAUACUGUACGCGCAGUAUGACUUGGCACUUCACACAGUAUGUGCUGGAAGCAGAUAUAAGCAGUCCUUGCUUCCCACUUAAACUGCUUUUGGUUGCAGAGAAGGCAGCAUAUAAAACACACAGGAAUCAAGGUUAUUAUGCAAGCAGUGGUGACACAUGAAAGUUGAUUGAUUAAAGGAUUUUAUAUAGUUGAAACUGAGUCUUGUUGCUAAAAGUGAAAAAUACUAUUGUUAAGUGCUACUGUGAAAAUUAUUGUUAGGUAACUAAGGUUGGCGCUAGAUAGAAACAAAUCAGUGCCGCCAGAUUUCUACUGAUAGCUUCGCUCCUAGCACCCCGCGUAAAAAGUGCUGAGAUGUAUUGUGUGUAUAGUGUAGAUGCCAAAUAAGACACUUGCACCCACAAUGUUGAUAAACAUGGUGUCAUUAAUGUUCUAAUGAAUUUGUACUGUGGUUGUAGUAGUCCAGCAGGGCUGCAGGAAUUAUUUUACUGAUGUGAUUUGUUUCCUCUUUAAAUUGAUGAACUCUCUAACUUUAGCUUCUAUUAAUGCAAUCUCGGCUGCUGUUUUUAAUGGUAAUACUAUUUCAGUCAAUAAGUUGUAUUUAUUAAAAAGAUAGUAAGAGAAAUAUUCACUAUAUGAUUACAGGAUUUGUAGGUGUUUCAAAAUAAUUUACAGGUGGUGACUUUUGUGGAGCAAUUGAUCGUUUCCUUACUUUUGCAACUAGUUAAUCUUAAUGCAAUGCAUUCAGAAAAAGUUGUCCCUAAAUAGUUAUGAUGGUUUAACAUGGUAGCAACUUUAGUUAUUUUCUUCACCUACUGAGAUCUUUUUCAAACUGCUUUGAACAUUUGAGCAUUCUGAAAAAAGUAAUUCUCUUUCAUGUUUUAAAAUAUGAUGAUGUGACUUUAUUUCUGUAGUUUGUUUUUAUGUUCCUAAGGUUUGAAACUUUUCUGCGCAGUGAUCAUUUUUAAAUUACUGUACAGUUGAGAUAAUGAGUUCCCAAAAAUUAUUUUAUUUCAUUUUAGUAUGUGCUGCAGUGGUUAUUUGUUUAUAACUGACAACUAUAGCUUUAAGAAAGAUCCUUCAAGAAGGGUAAAUACAUUAGUCAUUGUGCUGUGUUAAAUUGUUAAUAUUCCUAUAGAAGCAUGUGUGGUCUUGUGUGAUGUUAGUUGUAUGUAGUUACACCUUAACUGUCCUAAACAUAUUUUAGUUCUGUGAUAGCUGUUGCACCUGGAAGAGUAUUAAUGUAAUUGCAAUUUUAGUUUUCAAAACAAGAGCUUUAGACAUACUUGUAUAAUACACUCGAAUAUCGUAUACAUAUCAAAUUCUCAAGGACAUUUAUAAAAGACUCUAGCAAGUUAUAUAACGUUAAAGUCUGCUGUGCUUUGCAUAACUGAUUUUGUUUUCACAAAAGCUAAUGUGUCUUCCAACUACAAAAGGAAAUAGUGUUUACUCUGCAAUAACAACGACACAGUAUCACAAUUCAGGAUAAUGAUUUGUGCUCAGGUAUUACAUAUGGUUCACUAAUGAUCAAGUGAAUUAUGACAAAUAUAAGCUCUUCCGUUACAAAUAAUUAAACACAACAUUUUUGCUCUUGAACAAUUAAAAAUUUCACGUUUACAGUUUUCACAACAUGUGCCAAAGAUGGGUUCUAUAAUAUUGUGUGCUACUUUUCUAUAUUUUUAUAAGAUAUAUGGAAAAUUUUCUUCAAAGCUUUGAAUCUUUUAUAGAAAAGUAAAUAUAUUUUCUCACAUCCUUUGGUUACAUCGCAAUGUAGUGGGUUCAAAACUUCUAAACUUAUUUUAAUUCCAUUGAGAAGUUGUAGCAUAAGUAAUGUGACUUCUUCAACUAUAUAAUAAUAGACUGUUACAUAUGUAUUUGAGAAACAUAUAGUAAGAAUACCAGUCAGAUUUUGAAUUUUCACAAAUCGUGUGGCAUUCUUGAAUAUAGCAACUGCAACUUGCUACAAAAGAAAUAUUUAACGUUUUCUGUUACCUAGGUGAAGUUUUCUGUUACUUAGGUACAAAUUGUACAUGCUCAUGUUUCUUUGUUGAUGUUUCAUCAGGGAAUUGUGGGGAUAAAAUAGAAUUAGUAAUAAGUUAUCUGCUCUGUGUGAAAUUAUCACUGGAACAUGGAAUAUUGAAGUAUAAAAUUCUCUUUAAGUAAGCCAUUCGAUUGUGAUGAGUAUGGUGUUUCUUUUUUUUUUACAGAAUAUCACUGUUAACAUUACUUGUCUGUAAUAUGGGAUAAUGUAAUUACUGUUGAUGGCACAGUAGAUAAACCCUUAUUGUAUCAGAUAGAUUACUGUGAAUGACUUCCAUAAUAAGACAAAUUACCGAGCGAGGUGGUGCAGAGGUUAGCACACUGGACUCAUAUUCGGGAGGACAAUGGUUCAAACCCACGUCCGGACAUCCUGAUUUAGAUUUUCUGCGAUUUUCCUCAAUCGCUUUAGGUAAAUGCCGGGAUGGUCCCUUCAAAAGGGCACGGGCGAUUUCCUUCCCUAUCCUUCCCUAAUCCAAGCUUGUGCUCCGUCUCUAAUGACCUCGUUGCUGAUGGGACAUUCAACCCUAAUCUCCUCCUCUUCAAUAAGACAAAUUAUUAAAGGAACUAGCAACCUGUUGGUACUUGUAAGAGCAAAAUCAUUUUCGCCAAGGCACUGCAGACAGUUAGGAGCUAAAUAUUUUGAUGAUAGAUGCAAAGCCUAUGAAGAGCUAAUAUUUUUGACAAAAGUUGUUGGCAUUUAUUUUUACUAGCUUUGUAGUGUCAUAUGGGACACUAUAAUGUGCGCUAUUGCUCAGUAUUAUAAUGAACACAGGAAAUUUUACAGUAUGUCGUGGUACUGUAGGGCAUAAGUUGCAUGAAAAAAGUACUAAAAUGUGAGUUAUUUCUUGAUUUGUAUAUCAUAUUGGAGAUUCUCUACUGUAGUCGGUGCUGUAAAAAUGUGUAGUGACUGAUUUUUUUUAUAUAGUCUGAAGUUUUUCCUGCUGUGUCAACAUUUGCACAUGGCAGGACUUUUUUUUGUGAAGAAGAGUACCAAAUAUAAAUGUUAGUUCUGUAUACUUCAUUACGUUCAGUAAUGAGGCAUCUCAAUGUGUGAUGUAGAAUAAAGAUAAUGAUUUAAAAAGUGUUGUGAUUAGCUGUUUUGUUAGAAAUUUCUUUUGUAAUGUCACUUUAGCAGAAGAUUCUGAAAUAUCAGUUUUUAGACAGCUGUUCUUCCUAAUAGUUCUAUAAAUUUUGAGAAACAUGCAACAGUUCCUUUCACUUUUAUCAUUUUUUUUUUUUUUUUUUAGUGUAUGUGGAUGCAAGCACUUGAACUAUGUCAUUAAAAUUUGUGUGUGUGCAUUUCCACUUCCAAUAUGCAUAGAUGCAUAAAAAAGUUCAAGGAACUGAAUCUUUGGAAGCGUGUAAAUGUGUUAUAAGCACAAACCUGGCACAUUAAUAAAAUAUUAUGUAUUUUUAUUCUUGUAUAAAAUUUCCUUUUUUAAAACAGUUAGCUAUUUAUAAAAAGGUGCAAUAUUUAUUUUGUACGCAUUAUUCUAGUGUGAAAAGAAUCUUAAUUGAAAUACUUGUCUCAUCAGUAUGUAUUCGAUACGUGAAAACAAACACGUAGCCAUAUUUAGUGUCUGUCCAAAUAUGUUUUAUGAAAUGGUACUUAUACUGUGUGUUUAAUAUAAUUCAUUUGUGGUGCUGCAACAUUUUUCAUUGCUAAAUUCUUAGCAGUGUUUACUUUUCUGUUACUACAUCUGUUAAUAAUCUGAUUUAUGAAAUGCAUUUCCUUGUUAUAUUCUAUUUUAUAUGUCAUUAAGGUAAUUUCUUUUGACAUACAUCUCCUGAUUGCAAGAAAAAUGAAGUUUGGCUCUGAGGAAUGUUUCAGCAUCAUAUUUCAAGAGUGAUCCCAAUAACUAACAGAAUAUGAGUUUAUAAUUGAAAUAUAUAUAUUGUGGUUAUUGUCAGUGAUUUUGUGGAAUAGAAAGUAGAUAUAGUAAUUGCAUGUAGCAUUAAAAACUCGCAUGUAAUUUCUGUUUCAAAAAUUGGGUGCAAAUGCGACAUCAGAUGAAGAUAUAGUUAAUUUUUAAUUGAUCUGAUGGUGUGUUUUGUUUCAUUUUAGUCCAAUGUUUCCACUGCAAUUAAGGUGGUACAGUUAUGUUGCAGUAAUGUUUCAUUAAUAGUGUUUAAAACAUAAGUGACAGACAGUUUGUAAUAUUGUGAGUUUAUUUUGUUUGUGAUGUGAGAAUUGUAUAGUAUAUUUAUGAUAUUUACAUGCUGCUUGAAGCACCAGUGCAUAAAUUUAAUACAAAAAUAGUUGAGUGCAUAAUUGCUUGUUGUUGUAAAAAAACAUAUCAUUUGAGAACACCUAGAGUUUUUGUAAUAGUCAUAUGGUGUAUGCACAUUCCUAGUCGAUCUAACUGGGAAAUAUAAUUUUAAUUAAUUGUCCUCUGUUCAUUACGGGCUUCUAAUGACUGGCUCUUCAUUGUACUGUGUUGUGAGUAACUCAAAUUUUGUAAACAUGUAGGAGCUUACCCAAGUGUAAUAAUAUAAUAUUUUUCUAAAGAUGUUAUAUAGUAACAGCAGUGUUUUGCUCGCUGGAUAGUCAAUUACUAUCUAAAUAGCAGUUCUUGAAUUAGCAUGUGAACAUGCACUGAAGUUGCAGUUUGAGUAAUUAAUUAGAAUCUGUGUCUUAGCGUUUGUCUGUGUCAGUGUACAAUGUGAUAAGGUGUGUCAAAAUAGUCAAUUAAAAGUUUGCAUUUGCUGACCAUUCACUGAAAAGGCACUGUAGUAUAGAAUAGAGGUGUGUGUUGAGUAUGGUCCAGAGCUUAUUAUGUUUAUUACAAAUAAUGAAAACAGAUUACAUGUAGGUAGAACCUCUUUCCUCCUGUGAUAUUAAAGAUUAAAGCUUCUCUUAUUAAUAAAAUUUUCAGCACCUGCUAUCAAACAUCCUAUUUAUCAUUAGAAAAUGCACAGCUGCCUCAUUGAUAUACUUUGUUGUAUCUCAAAUUAAAAGUUUCUCUUACACUGAAUUAUAGCAAAUUUGAUAUGUAAAAUCCUGUGCACUUUUUUUUUGUCCAUGCAGCCUUAUACUGAAACUUGUAAAACCAAAACUUUUUUCUUUACAUAAAAUGCUUUGAUUGCUUUCUAAAAAAUUUUCCUCUUUGUAGAAAAUGAUAACUUUGUACCUGCCUAGUGCUGAUGUAUUAUACAGAUGUCAACUAUCUUGUUAAAUAAAAUGUUGCAUUAUUCUGAGGCUUUUUAUGUAACUUAUUUGUAAUGACCUAUAACUAUGUUGUCCAUAUCCUUAACAUUCCUAAAGGUACACAGGCCCACUUUAAGAUGCCAGCUGGCACACCUCAGGAGCUUAGCCAGCACAGGUUGAGUUGAGAUUUCCUUAACCUGAUUACAGGUUCAAAGCUGGGUAUUAGCCAGCUCUGGUGAUCCUUUGCUGGAAUUUAUGUAUUACAGAGUACAGGAAUAGCGGGUCGUCAUCUGGAUUGCAUGGUUUGUAGAACCAUGACUAUCCACAACCUAGCUUAGCUAGUGUUCUUUGUCAUUGACCCUAUCAUUGCCAGUGCCAUACAAUAAGCUGUACAAUUCCUUUU